GAGAACGUGGAGGAAGCAGCACGAAUCCUGGGGACAACCCCUGCAUCCUCGACCCCGAAUCAAUUCAACCAAUUUCUCCAUUGAAUCCAAGCUCACAUUCAUCCCAUUUUCUACCUUUUUGCAUUUUCAAUCUGUGUUUUUACAAACCCCUAAUCUCAUUGCUGUUUCUGCGCCUUCGCAUUGCUCCGGUGGUUCCUGAUUUCAUGAUCAUGGGAGAUGGUUCACCCAAGCCUUCUGCACCCACAAGCAAGCUUGAAGCCCAAAUACUCGAUGCAGUAUUAAAGCGAGAAUCUAAAGGAACUUCCAUUAAGUCAUUUACCAAGAUAAUCUUAAAAUUCCCAAAAAUUGUUGAGAGUCUAAGAAGAUGUAAAGUUAUAUUUGAACAAUUUGAUGAAGAUAACAGUGGUGCAAUUGAUCUAACAGAGCUGAAGCACUGCUUAGAUAAGCUCCAAGCGAACUUCACGAACGAAGAAAUCAAUGAUAUUUUCACGACUUGUGACUUAAAUGAUGACAUGGGCAUAAGCUUCAAUGAGUUCAUUGUGCUUCUUUGCCUUGUUUAUCUUUUGAAGGAAGAUUCUGCUGCUGACCAGUCUAAAUCGCGAUUGGGAAUCCCAGAUCUGGAGGCAACUUUUGAAACAUUGGUGGAGUCAUUUGUGUUACUUGACAGUAACAAAGAUGGUCAUGUCAGCAAAAGCGAAAUGGUUCUUGCAAUAGAGGAAACUACAUCUGGUGGGCCAUCUGAUUCUGAUGGGCAAAUUGCCAUGCAAAGAUUUGAAGAGAUGGACUGGGAUAACAAUGGAAUGGUGAACUUCAAGGAAUUUCUGUUUGCUUUUACUAGAUGGGUUGGAAUUGGGGAUGACGAAGACGACUAGCCAAUCAACGUUUGAGCCAUUUGAGCUGAGAAGCGUAAGUUUGGUCGUUCUUGCAAUUGGUUCGAUUUGAGGUGAUGAGAGUAAGUAGUCAUGUUGUGAGACUGGAUGUUGAGAUUAGUAUAUGUAUGUUGUUUCUUUUUCUAUGUUGUUGUUGUUCCAGAAAAUAGAGACAAGUUUAGAUUUGUUGUGAUGUUGGAAGAAGUUGUAUGCUUUUCUUAACCAGACCUGGUUCUGUUGUAUGUAAACUGCAUCUUGGAUCAAUAUGCAGUUGUUAG